AUGUCCUGGACAGACCUACCGACGCUGCUCUCCCUGGCUCUUACAUGCAAGCACAUCCACAGCCACCUCGAGGCGCACCACGGCGUCAUAGCCCGAGACAUGGCCAUCAACCUGGUCGGGAGGUACUCGUAUAUGUUCGCCAUCAUGGCGGUCGAGGCCGAGCCCAUCGACCCGGCGGACCGGACGGCGCUCGAGGCCUACUUCAAGACCUGGGUUCACCACAACGUGACGCCUGCCAAAGAGUUUCGGCUGCCCGCCAUCCGCCGCCUGUUGGUCUUGCACGAGGCUGUCAAGAAAGCUGUACCAGAGAGGGAAGAGCUGAUUGCUACAUUCAACCUGGGAGAUCCUGUCUUGAGCGAACUGGAGACCAUUAGAAACUGGCGCAUAUUAUACUUUGCAGAGUUAAAUGCGAACCUGUUCAUCCGCCGGCCAGGACGCCCUGAUGAGUUCUACAUGGAGCUGCAGCAUCCAGACAUCUUCGACCGGUUCUGGGGCCACGGCGAUCGACGAUUGCACUUCCCCUGGUGGUACGACCUCAGGCGUUUCGAGAGGGGCUUCUGGGACCGUAUCCGCCCGGCGCAGCCGCGGAUGACCAUUUCAAGAUGCACUACGUCUUUGGGUGUCGAGAAUCUUGACUCUGAGGCAAGAUUCACGCAGACCGUAGAGAGAAUGUCGGAACACUACGCCAACGUAUGCAACCACGAAGACACGUAUCGUCAGGAGCCGUCCAUCAGACGGGCUUUGGACGCUUAUCUCGCGGGUUGCGAUUAUCAGCACAUAAAUGUUAGAAGCGCCUUCAAUUCCCGGCGCAUCGUGGAUGUGUAUCUCGACAAUGCCAUCUGGGAUACCGCCGGUUUCCGUGAGCUGUACGAACGACUUCCCUCGCAUCUACGGGAGAAGGACGGUGCCAGUAUGAGACUUGGCCACUGCCCUCCUAUUAUGUGGUUCGAGAGCUUCUGGCUGGCAGGAAUUCUCGACGUGGAGCGGCUCAGGCAUUGGCCAGAGUACAGUGACAAUCAUCGUAUCGAAGAGUCCCGCCAGGAAGCACGCCGAAGCUUUAUUCAACAUCAUCGACACCCAGAUGAACCAUACUUCGAAAAAUGGGAGGAGGAGGAUCCGAGGGACUGGUCGCUGGAUGAGAGAUACAUCGAGAUGUUCCGAAACAGAGAUGAACUUGGUAUCAUCCCCGAUUUAUAA